AGGGUUUCCUUCCACAAACAGAAGUUCAUCGAGAUGAAGAAGAUAGGUUUUUCGAGCAUGAGGAGCUUGGAUCAACUCAAAUCGCUUACAGGUUCUGUCGCCGGAGGUGGAGUUGCGAAGAACUUAUCGUUCUCUUCGCGUCCAUCUUCAGAUUCGAUUUCCUACGGCAGUUUCGCCAAUUUGAAGCUAACUGCAGAGAAAUUGGUUAAAGAGCAAGCUUCUGUGAAGACAGAUCUGGAAAUGGCGAAUUCUAAGCUGAAGAAAUCGAUGGAGCAUAUCCGUGUACUGGAGGAAAAGCUGCAGAAUGCUUUCAAUGAGAACGCUAAGCUCAAAGUGAAGCAGAAGGAAGAUGAGAAGCUCUGGAAAGGAUUAGAAUCUAAGUUCUCAUCAACUAAAGCACUGUGUGAUCAACUUACAGAUACUUUACAGCAUUUAGCUGGCCAGGUUCAGGAUGCUGAGAAGGAUAAGGAGUUUUUUGAAGUAAAACUGUCCGCAAGCUCGAAAGCAAUUGACUGCUUAAACCAGAAGAUGGAUGCUUUGUCCUUGAAGUUAGUCUCUGCUGAGGAAAAUAUUAGAGGCCGUGAAAAGGAACUGGAGGAACUAAAAAUUGGGAAAGAGGAACGAGAAAAGUUUUACAGAGAUGAACAAUGUAGAACUGUUAAUCUGAUAGAGGAAAAAGAUGCUAUGAUUAAGAAGUUUGAGGCAACUGUAGCAGCUAACAAACAGGCUGCAGCGAGUUUGAACUCUAAAUUGAGGGAAGUUCACCUUGAGCUAAGCUCAAAGGAAGUUGAGAUAACACGUUUGGUAAACACUAAGGAAAAUUUGGAGAAAGAGAAGAGUAAUCUUCAGCUAAGUAAUGGUGACUUUGCUAGAAAAUUGGCAAUGUCAAUCCAGGAGACUAAAAAUCUCGAAGGUUGUGUUCAUGUAUUGGCUGCACAGUUGGUAGAACUGGAUAAACAAAACCUGACUUUUACUGACAAGUUUGAUGAGCUGAAUUCUCUGUAUGACGCGUGCUUUAAGCUGGUGCAACAGGAGAGAGAUCUUGCUGCUAAGCAUUCUCAAAAACUAUAUGAUCAACUCCAUGGUGAGUUCUUGUGCAUUGCAUCAGAAAGAGAUGCAUUGCAGUUGGUAAACAAGGAGCUAAAUGAUAAGAUCACUGAACUUCAGAGGGUCCAAGAGUCAGUGAUGGCUCAGCUAUCAGAAGAAUCCCGUUUAGCAGGAGAGAGAAUUAAGAGGUUGGAGUCAGAAUCGGAAAAUCUGCUCUCAAAGAAGACAGAGACAGAAAAGUUAGUUUCUGAGUUGGAACAGAAAGUUAACUUCCUGUCAGAAAGUUCAAGAUCAUCUGAGAAUAAAGUGCAAGAUCUAUUGUUUAAAAUUUCAGCAUUAGAACUCGAGAAAAAAGAUUAUACAGAGCAAAUGCUGACAGAGAUACAAAGAAAAACAGAAGAAAUGGAUAGUCUGCAAAAGGAGAGCCAGAAACGUGACCUGUGUGUAGAUUCUCUGGAGAAACAAGUUAGUCAUGUUCAAAACAUCUUAGGAGAAAAGGAGCAACUUAUAAUGCAAUAUGAACAAAGAGAAAAGAGGCUGCAAGAUCAAAUCACACAGAAUCAGGAAAUGCUGGUUGCUGCUGAAAGUAAAAUUGAAGAUGCCAAGAAGCAGUAUGAUCUUAUGCUAGAAAGUAAGCAAUCAGAAUUAUCAAGGCAUUUGAAAGAGAUAUCUCAGAGGAAUGACCAGGCAAUUAAUGAUAUCCGGAGGAAGUAUGAGGUGGAGAAGCAAGAGAUUGUUAGUCAGGAAAAAGAGAAGGCUGCCAAACUUAUUGGAGAAAUGGAAACAACAUGUGAACAAAAACUUGCAGAUUUCAAAGAAGAAUCAAGACUGCAUUUGAUGCACAUUCAGGAAGAACAUGCAGUUCUAGAAUCACCUUUCCAAGGGGUAACACAAAGGCCAGUGUCAAAACUAUUAAAAAAGGUCCAAAAUGCAAAAACAGGAAGUAUAAUGAGCACUCCUAAGCAUCAUAAGAAGGUAACUCAUCAUGAAUAUGAAGUUGAAACUACUAAUGGAAGAACAAUUACCAAACGAAGAAAAACCAGAAGUACUGUUAUGUUUGAGGACCCCAGUAAACAGAAAAAGAUGAAUGCUGCAAAAGCCAUUGUCCCUGGAAGCUUUGUCAAGGAAUUUAAGGGAGGUCACCGUAAUCCUUCUUCAAACAUUGGUGAUCUGUUUUCAGAAGGGUCGUUAAAUCCAUACGCAGAUGACCCAUAUGCAUUUGACUAGAGGAGGACAUAUUCUUCUGUCAAUGCUUUCAAUGCCUCUGAGCUCGUAGGCUUAAUGCUAAUGCAGUUUGAUUGUACAGUAAUCUGCUCUGAUUGUAUUAUCAUCACAACUCUGUUAUAGACCCUGUUGUAAAAAAGGGCUUGGAUUUAAGAGGAUGACGUACAUAAAUGAUAUUCUGUAUAGAAAAUUGAAAUACAUAGAACCUCUUGAACACUGAUUUGAAGCUGCAAGAUGAUGAUAUGCAGUUAAUAGGAAAGCAUGGUUAGGAUAUAAAGAACUUGUUAUCCA